UUCACAAAAAAACGACAGCCUACCAUCCACAGACGAACGGCCUCGUAGAACGCCUUAAUCGGACCCUUGCCGACAUGCUCGCAAUGUACGUUACCCACGAGCACAAAAAUUGGGACGUUGCACUCCCUUACGUAACUUUCGCAUAUAAUUCCUCCCCUCAUAACACAACCGUCUACUCUGACCUGGUUCUGAUCUGGACCCCACAGCGACAAGUCGGCCUUGCUCAGAAGCUACUACCUCGAUAUCGCGGUCCUUUUAGGAUCCUCAACCGAACAAGUGACGUCAAUUAUACAGUAGAACCCGUCGAACCUCCCCAAAAUAACCGCCAUCGUCAAGUACAAACAGUUCACGUCCUCCGGCUCAAACCAUACAUCACCUAUUCAAACGGCGGGACGCCGUUUCCACCCGAGGGGGAGUGA